CAACUCUGCAUCAUACGAUCACGCCAUACCAGGAAACUGGACUCUUGAAGGUAGAUUAGCCCUUGAGAUGGUAGAAGUAGCUACUGCUGUUCACCAUAGGCCCUUUUUCUCUGCUUCUUCUGUUUCUGGUUCAUGGUCAUGGUGGAGUUUCAGGAGAACUUCAUCAUGGAAAAACAGGGCUUCUGCUUCUGUUAAUAUUUCUUGUUCAUUAUCGUCCAAGAAACAAACAGGUGGUGGGCAAUUACUGCCCCAGAAGAGCAACAACAGUGAGAGGAAGGAGAGGGUAUUCUUCUUGGAUGUGAACCCUCUCUGUUACACUGGAAGUAAACCCAGCUUACGCUCCUUCGGUUAUUGGAUCUCUCUCUUCUUCUCCGAAGUCACUAAUCGUGACCCAGUCAUAGCUGUUCUUGAUGGGGAAAGAGGGAAUGAAUACAGAAGACAGUUGCUACCUUCAUACAAGGCACAUAGGAGGAAAUUCUCAGCAUCACAAUGGUUUUCAAGAAAUCACGUUGGAAGUUCACAUCAUGUCAUUACAGAUGUUCUUCAGAAGUGCAAUGUGCCAGUUGUUAGAAUAAAAGGCCAUGAAGCAGAUGAUGUAGUAGCAACGUUAGUAGAACAAGUUCUGGGAAAAGGAUUCCGAGCUGUUAUUGGAUCACCUGAUAAAGAUUUCAAGCAGUUGAUAUCUGAAGAUGUGCAAAUCGUUAUGCCCAUGCCAGAGUUUGGCCGGUGGUCCUUCUACACAUUAAAGCACUAUAUGGCUCAAUAUAAUUGUGAUCCAAGCUCUGAUUUGAGUCUUCGAUGCAUUGCUGGUGAUGAAGUUGAUGGUGUUCCUGGACUUCAACAUGUUGCUCCUGGUUUUGGUCGCAAGACAGCCUUGAAGCUCUUAAAGAAGCAUGGUUCAUUAGAAAAUUUGCUAAAUGCAGCUGCAGUUAGAACAGUGGGGAAACAGUACGCACAAGAUGCUCUUACCAAGCAUGCUGAUUACCUGAGAAGGAAUUAUAAGGUUCUCACCCUAAGAAGGGAUGUUGAUGUUUGUCUUCAGGAGGAAUGGUUAUCUGAGAGAGAUAGUUGCAAUGAUGCAGUUGUCCUGUCCAAUUUUUUUGAAUUAUUGGGGACGGAGGAAAAUCUCAACGGGCAAAAGGCCUCUUAUUUUAUAGGUUAAGCUCCAACUUGUAAGUGCUGUGAAAGGUUCCCUUGGUAGGUUUGUGAGCAUGCACACUAGCAUACACCAAGACAAACCUGCUUUGAGAAGUAGCGAAGUAAACUAGGUUAUUGAAAAUGCAAGAAAUUAAUAGAAGAAUUUCUUUAGAUACUCAGUUAUAUUCGGGCCUCAAUAUACACAUUGGAGGAGAAAAGAAACUAGGUAGCGAUGACCCUGAUCUGUAGUGAAGACUGUUAUGCAUGGAUUCAUAAUCCCAUGCUAUCUGCAUAGAUACUCACAUUACUUGUCCUUUUUUUUCUUUUUCUUUUUAAAUAUCAGAUCACUCUUGUAUCCAGUAUCUGUAUAUUGUUUUAAACAUUGAAAGAUCCAUUAUCUUUGAAGGGACACCAUUUUUUGAUGUUUCAGUUGAAACCAUUUUGUCUUGAAUGGA